GAAAUUGGAGUUCUAUUUGAUUUACAGGUUUCCAUAGUUUGGAGAAGAUAGAUGUUUCAGUUAUGCUUUGAUAGGUUUACUUAGCUAAACAAAAGGAACAAGCAAGAGUAAUUGUCUGCUUUUGUUUAAUAAUGGCUCAUUAUUAUAACAUUGAUGACAUAAUCAUGGAGGAGGAGAUCAUCUCAGUUGUUUUCCAAGUGGCUGCUAAUGGAGUUGGACUCCUUGAUCCUAGUGCAGAAACUAACAGUGUUGAACAAGGUUCAAAGGUAGAGCUACCUUUCUGGCUAGCCCAAGAGUUGCACCUUAGACAGGCAGUUGCUAUGAAUGUGCUUGCUUGUUUCAAUCAAAAAACAAGGAAGGAAAUCCAGGUAAAUGCGGCAUGUGUUGAUCUCAGGAAUAGGUGCCCUUACUUCUAUGAAUUAGGGUGCAAGAUUGCACCCCUGUAUAAGGAAGUUUUGAGCAAGGCCCACAGUGCAGCAUUUGCGGUAGCUCCCAAGUUUUUGACUCUUCUUACAAAAGAAGAAACUCAUUUGUAUGAAGCAGCCCGAUCUUCAAUGGCAGCGUUUAAGAAAUGGCGGACAGGUGGGCCCAGAUUUGAAAGGGCAUCCAUUCUUGGAAUAAAGAGGAAACCUGCUAAUUAGAUGAAAGCUCUGGCUGCCAUUCUAUCUCAAUC